AGAAUAGCCUAGAUCAUAGACCAUAUGCGUAGUGCCUCCCCGAACUUUAAGGCUACGUACAUUAAAGACCAAUCCUCUCAGACACAAGCAUGAGGUUGAUUUGUCUGUCUCUCCUUUCUGCCUUGCCGGCCACCUCGGGCAUACAUGCCCCACCCCAAAUUUUCCACGGGACCUCUGUGAUCAUUCAGCCAAGCACUGGCGCUACCUCCCCUGCCAAUAGUACCAUCACGACGGCCAACUUCUUCUGUUACAUGACCAAUCAAGGUUACAUCAGCUUCGGAUGGUGGGUUUCCCCCAGCUUGAAUAGCAACACGUCUCAUUACAAAGCCGACUCAGACGCCUACCACUGGUACGAAUACUCGAAACUGGACACCUGCGACCAAGACGCUGGAACGUGCACGUUUCUGACGCAGAACUUCCUCGUGCGUAACUCCGCGGAUGAUGGUGUGGACCCUCUACCCUUCCCGUCCCGCCCCCUGACCUAUGUCGUCCGCCCCCUGGACAUUGGCAAUGGUGACUACGGCCGCAUUGCCCAGAGCUACAUCGACGAUGGUCAGCUGCAGGUGUACGCCGUGGGUACCCGACAGCUGCUUAGCGGCGAGCAGGUAGAGUCCGACGAGUGCAGGAAGGCUUUAGGGACACUACAACGUGUACAGAAACUAUACGAGCCAAAACUGGGGUUCGAAAUCGUGGAUACUUGUGCUCAAAGAAGCCUUAGUAAUAGCGCUAGGUUCCGUAAACAGCUUGGUGGCUGGUAAACGACGUAGCUUAGACUCUUGAUUGAGCAACAGAAGAAUAUCUUUGGGGACUAGCCAUUUUGCCCACAAGAAUAAAGCAAAUGAUUCGUCAUCUCGU